AUGUCAACUGAUACAACUAUGAAGGCCGUUUAUAUUAAAGAACAAGGAGGUAUUGAUAACAUGAUAUAUGGUGAUGUUCCUAUUCCUAAGGUAGAAGAUGAUUCUAUUCUUGUAAAGAAUCGUUUUUCAGGUGUCAAUUACAUUGAUACCUACCAAAGAAGUGGUCUUUAUCCUGUAACUCUCCCAUUUACACUUGGACGUGAAGGUGCUGGUGAUGUCGUUCAAGUAGGUAAAAACGUUAAAGAUUUUAAGGUUGGAGAUAGAGUAGUUUACUUGGGAGACUCUGCUUAUGCAGAAUACACAAAUGUACCUUCUGCUGCUGCUCAAAAGUUAAAAGAGAACAUGAGCUAUGAAGCAGCAGCCGCUGUUGGUAUUCAAGCAUUAACUGCCUGGACAAUGGUUCGUGACGGAUAUGCUGUAAAGAAAGGUGAUAUUAUUUUAGUUCAUGCUGCUGCUGGUGGUGUAGGUCUUUUAUUAUGUCAAAUGCUUCAUCAUCUUGGUGCCACCGUCAUUGGUACAGUGAGUAACGAUCAAAAGGCCAAACUUGCUAAAGAAAAUGGAGCAGAUUAUACAAUUGUAUAUACACGUGAAAAUGUAGUGGAUCGUGUCAAUGAGAUUACAAACGGUUUGGGUUGUCAUGCCGUUUUAGAUGGAGUUGGAAAGGCAACAUUUGAAGAUUCCAUUGCAUGUACACGUCGUUUGGGUACCUUGAUUUCAUUUGGCAACGCCUCAGGUGCAGUCCCUCCUAUCUCUAUUACAUGUUUAACUCCAAAGAAUUUAAAGUUAAUGAGGCCUCAGUUGUUUGCUUAUCUUGUUGACCCUGUAGAGAGAGAAAAAUGGUGGAAUGAAGUUUUUGAUUUGUUUCAUAAGAAGAUUAUCCGUCUACAAAUUUAUAAAAUUUAUGAAUUAAAAGAUGCUAAACAAGCACAUACUGAUAUUGAAAGUAGAAAAACGACUGGUAAACUUUUAAUUAGCAUGUAA